CCUUAGAUUACAUUACACCCUGGUCUGUUGCAUAAUAUGUACCAUCUAUAACUUUUAUUAAAAGUGAAUUUGUCACUUUUAUGAAAAAAUUAUGGCAGCGAGGAACAUCGACCUGUCUAAUGACCAAAUACCUGAGGAUUGUACGAAAAGUGUUGUUUAUUUGAUGGGAUCAUCAAAAACAGAUAAAUUUGAAAAGUGGUUGAAAAGAUAUCCGCCAUCCAAAGUAACAAAAGAGGAUGGCUUUACUUGGAUAUAUGUUAAAAACGUGGAGAAAGAGGUAGAAUAUGCAGGUGAUGGAAAGAAGGACCUCGAAGGGCUUUGUAAAAGCUGGAAAGAGCAUCAGAAAUCGCAACUGCCUGUUAAUUAUGAAACUUUGAAGGAACUUGCAAUAAAACAUAAUACUACAACAGGAAAAUGGAUUUUGUUUACUGAUUCGGGUGGAAAAGUUGAUCACCUUUGGUCACUUAUGGCGGCGACAGUUGCUGCAUACGAUAAUCCGUGCUACACUGCAAAAGUUAGUGCUUUUGAUAAGGAUAUAAAUCAUGUUAUAUGUAUCUAUAACAAGGAUUUUACAAACAUGGACAAGGUUUUAGAGUCAGAGAAAGCCAUUCGUAGAAUGGGAAUAAAAUGUAAACUUCAGUAUAAACCGGAUGUUUUUACAUACCUAGAUAUCUAUGCCAAGAAUAAAUGGAACCUUAAACCAUUCAUCAUGACAAGUCAGUAUAACUUACUUACUCAGUCGUCAAUUAUUGAAAAUGUCAUGUGAACAGACCUGUAAUACAAUAAGAAGUAUGCUUAUGAAAAAAAACUAUAUUAAAUAUGCUUUUUACUGUUAUAAUGAGAAGGACCCCGCAGUAAAGUGGUUUGAAACACUUGUCCACUAUUAUAGAUUUAAAGAAAUUACACCCAACUAGACUACGAACCGGUCAGUCUAUCUGCUCAGGUGCCAAAUUGUGCCUGAAAUAAUGUAUGCGGGACAUAUGAAACAUGACCUUCCCCGU